GGUGGGGGGAUAGAAGGGGAAAUACCGAACUGUUUUUUUCUGGCUAGUAUCAAGUAGUUAGUUGCCCUCUGCGAGUUUUUUUGUAUUUAGAGACAAACAGAAACCAACGCACGGUGGUUUCACCUGGCGCUAAGGAUACACGCCCAUCAACCCGUGAUUUUAUUAGCGUCCUGUCUUUUACAGCUACUUCGUCAUAUAAAGUUAGAUAUAGCUUGUGUCAAGUUAGCGCUACGUGGUGGUUUCUGGCCGUGUAGGUAAUGCUAAGCUACUCGGUUGGUUAGCAAAAGCCGACGCGUCGGACGCAGCCCAGCUUUUUAAAGUCGGUCCAGGAUGGUUGUCGAUUAACUUUUUACGGGGAAUACUCUUGUUAAACCAGCCAGCUGACAGCUAACGUGUUAGCAACCUGCCGGGACACAGUAGGCUUAGAAACAAACCAUGGCAGAUGAAAACACACAGUUCUGUGGCAAUUGCAAACAUGACAUUCCAGAGGGUAAUUUUACUACUCAUGAGAUCCACUGUCAAAGAAACAUUGCCCUGUGUGGUGUGUGCCAGGAGCCUGUUCCCCGCACAGAUCUCCCGGAACAUAUGCAGCAGGAGCAUAUACAGAUUACAUGCAAGUGUGGUCUGAAAAUCGAGAAGAAUCGAAUGGACUUCCACCAGAGCUCUGAAUGUCCUCAGCGUCUGGUUCCAUGCCAAUACUGUGAACUGGAGCUUGUGUUCAGUCAGUCCAAAGAGCAUGAGGACUAUUGUGGUACACGCACUGAGCCCUGUCCACACUGCAAGUGCAAUGUAAUGUUGAGGGAACAAUCUGUGCACCCAGUCUUAUGUGGAAGCCUCACACCGCCCCAGGAGUGGAACAACAGCAGGAUGAGUCGCAGUCCACUAGAACCGCAGUCUCCAGGGGCAUGGUUCGAAGCCCACUCCAUCCGAAACAUCAUAAAAGCCCAAGAAAGAGGCUCUAAGAAUAACAACAUGAGUGCAGCAGAGCAGGCAUUUUCACGUGCAUUUGAUCCUAGUGUUUACAACAGUUCGCGGGGACCUCAAAGUGCAGCAGACUGGAAAAAUGCUCCACAGAGUAAUACAACAUUCAGUCACUUGCUGGGGCAAAGAGAUUAUCUGAAUAGCAGCGCUGCAUGGCCACAUGCUGGUCAGACACAUGACGAGGAUUCUUCCGGCCUGGACUACAUGUUGGCUCUCAGUCUGCAGAGUGAUGGAGAGUCAGUGGCUGGAGGUGUAGAGGACAGUCUAUGGAGUGACAUCUGGGACCACAAGAGAUCCAGCACCUCUGUAAAUACAUUCGCUCCACCCAACAACAACUACCCCCUCUUUAGUACAGGGACGAGCACAACUCCAGUCCAGGACCCUGAUCAAACAGACACCAUGCUGCCUUGUGAGUUCUGUGAAGAGCUGUUUCCAGAAGAGGAGCUCAUUCUACAUCAGACUGGGUGUAGUCCUGCCUCUGCUUUUGCAUCUUAUAGCAAGCAGGCCUCCUCUCCACCCAGAGAGGAUAGGAUGGGCAGGAACGCUUCAGGGCUGAUGCACAGUCUCCCUGACACACUUGCCUCAAACAUCCCCACCUUCCCUCGGUCCGUCUCCCCGGCGUCUUACAGUCCUCCAGCCAGUCCACUAGAGGGCGAUGUGGUCAUUCCAUGUGAAUUCUGUGGUAUUGCUCUAGAAGAGACUGUCAUCUUUCACCAUCAGGACAAAUGUGACAUGCGGCCUCAAACUGCCAAUCCACUGAAUAAUCUAACAGAAUCAGCUGUCAGAAAACCACUGAGCCCUGCUGAAAGAACAUUUGAGCAGAUGUCUCCGGAUUUUCACAGAAGAGUAAAGCACCAAGCUGACUUCCUUGGUGAGCGCUUAGAGUUUGACAGAGACACCACACCAGUACAGAACCCAAGGGAAUGGCAAAGAGGCUACAUUGGGCUACCGAGUCGAGGGAAGACGGCCUUCGGCGACAUGUCGGUGAAAAACAGACCUUGGCAGAGCAGGGAAAUGGAAGGGGCUCAUUCAUCUGUCAGUGACACUGAUGAGUCUGGAGCUUUGUCUCUAAAAGGAAGUCAUGUACCAGAAAAUAAAGAAGGGAGAGGGAACAGAACUAAUCCUAUGACAAAGCUGCCUAAGAAGCAGAACGAAGAGCAGCAGGAAGAGUGAGACCAGGAACAUGUGGUGAAAUCAUCAAAACCAAAUCUCUUACUCUGCUUUUCAUUUAUCUUUUUUGCACACUAUUGCUAAUGAAACACAUGGAUCUGAUAAGUGCCUGUGUAAGUAUUGGUUAUCAUGCGGUUUUAUUAAAGUCUAAGCAGUUUGGUUUGCUCCUGCGUAUUCUGCUUUAUUCUCUGAUUAGUUUUCGAAUGUUUGUAUAUCUAACAUCUAGCUGAAAAAAAGAAGUUUUAUUCACACUACAAUUGAUUUAAUUUACUCAAGUGUAAAACUCAUUAUCGGAAGGUCACACGACAUUGUAAUUAUGUAUUUGUCUUUACAUUGUUACUGCCGCCACACGUUUUGUUUUCACUCGUGUUCUUUCUGGGUAUUGUGUAGUUUUCCUGUUGUCUUCAUCUUAAUGUUACCUAUAGCACUUUGAUAGAUUAUUUUGUUGAAAAGGGCAUCUUAGACCAUCUUAGACAAAGUCAAAAACAUAACUUUCUAUUAACAUAUGUGUUUUUAAAAUGUUAUGGAUCUGUGUUUAAUUCUCUUAAGUUUUAUUUUUCAUUUUUGAAGUCCUCUAUAGAACUGUAGACUUUGUAUCAUGAUAAGGUGGCUUUUGAAGCAGUUUCCUUGUGUUGUUUUUAUUUGUUUAAAAGAAAAACAACAAAAAAACCUUGUGUGUUGUUCUGCUAUGAAUAUGACUUAAAACCGAUAACAUGUAUUUUGCAUGUCCACUUUAGAAACAAAUAUGAAUUAGGAACCUUGUGCCAUAGACUGUUGAGGCAGCACAUUUCUUUUGUGAUUAAAGACUGUAUCAGGUCAUUCUCCCAAUUAACAUCAGAUUAUCUUGGUUCCACUACAACGAGAUCACUUGAUAAUCCGUGAAGUCAUGUGUGGUGGACAGAGUAGUAGACUUGUCCUGUUGAAGAACAACUGUCUCUUUUUGUCUUGUGCAGUCAUUAAAAGUUUUAAUAAGGAUA